AUGCCCAUCCCCAGCACCAUGCCCAUCCCGCCCCAGCCCCCAGUACCUUCACCGCAACCCCAGCCCCAGCCCCAGCACCAUCCUCAUCCCCAGCACCAACCUCAGCGCCAGGCCCAGCCCCAGCCCAUUCCCAGCCCCAUUCCCACACCAUCCCCCAGUCUAGUCCCCAGCCCCAGCCCCAAUCCCAGCACCAUCCCCAGCGCCAGGCCCAGUACCAAACCCCAUUCCCAUGCCAAUCCCAGCCCCAGCCCUAGGGCCCAGGUGUGUGUGCCACCACCAGCGUUGUCGUCGGCAUCAGGGGCGGCGGCCCCCUCCUCAGUGCCCCCGGGGCCGGCCGGGGGGGCCCAGGAGGACCCCCUGCAGCCACAGCAGCAGCAGACGCCGCUGUCACUCGCCACGGUGUCCGCCGCCGAGCUACAGCAACGCUACCAGCUGAUUGGUCCACUGGGGAAGGGAACCUACGGGCGCGUCGACCUGGUGGCACUCAGAGGUCAAGGCACCAAGAUGGCCUUGAAGUACGUGAACAAGAGCAAGACGCGUCUGCGCUCCUUCCUGCGUGAGUACAGCCUGAACGCGGCCCUCAGCUCCAGCCCCUUCAUCGUGCAGACCCUGGACGUGCUCUUCCAGACGGAGGACAGCUACGUCUUCGGACAGGAGUACGCGCCCGCCGGAGACCUCUUCGACAUCAUACCUCCACAGGCGGGUCUCCCGGAGGACAUGGUGAAGCGCUGCGUUCAGCAGCUGGGCCUGGCGCUGGACUUCAUGCACUCCCGCGCCCUGGUGCACCGCGACGUCAAACCCGAGAACGUGCUGCUGUUCGACCGCGAGUGCCGGCGCGUCAAGCUGGCCGACCUGGGCAUGACGCGCCGGGUGGGCAGCCGGGUGCGGCGCGUCAGCGGCACCAUCCCUUACACUGCGGCUGAGGUGUGCCAGGCCUCGGGGUCAGAGGGCAUCGUCGUGGCAACUGCGCAGGAUGCCUGGGCGUUCGGCGUGCUGACCUUCUGCAUGCUGACUGGUAACUUCCCGUGGGAGGCUGCGCUGCCAUCGGACGCCUUCUACGCCGAGUUCCUACGCUGGCAGCAGGCCGGGUGCCCCACUGUCACCGUGCCAUCACAGUGGCGUCGCUUCUCUGACGAUGCGCUGCGCAUGUUCGGCCGACUGCUCGCCGCCGACCCCGACCGCCGCUGCGGCGUCAAAGAUGUCUUCUACUUCCUGAAGUACGAGCUUCUUCUAACGCAUCACCACCACCACCACCGCAGACGCGCCUCCUGUCGCCAAGGACCGGGGUCGCGCUCGGGCUCUGGUGGCACACACAGGCACGCCGAGCCCUCCCCUCCGCCGGGCACUUCCUGCCUGCGACCCGCCCCCUUGAAGCGCACCAUCCUAUCAGAACCCCAGCACUCUUCCAGGGAGGACGGCUCCAAGAGCCCCUCGCCCAAUCGCAAGGACAAGAGCAAGAUGAUGAUGGCCACGCCCAUCGAGAUCUGCGUGUAA